CCUAAUUUUUGCAUCAGCUCGAUCGGCUUGCAUCAACGCACGGCUCUUGUUAUUCUCAUCAGUUGCGGGUCGACGAGCCUCGACAGAUCUUCCCGGCGCCUGAGCUGGCCGACGCUUCUCCGUCCAACUGGUCAACGUGAAACGCUGUUGUGUUGCGAGCUCAUCCGACAGCACGCUCACAGCCGCAAUCGCAUUUCUCCUACAAGCGCUCUUGGGUAUAGCACUGGUGGCCGUUUGCUGCCAAUCAGAGCGCCAAGCGACGCAUCAUUUCCUCUGCGCGAUUACAUUCCCCCCAAUCCUCUCAUCAGUCUCUCGACUCGCUGGACAAGAUGGCACCCGGACUGGCGGUGGGCGAAAAGAAGCACUCUGGAACGGCCAGAGUGCUCGGUUCCGGCACCUCGGGAAUCGCAGAGCUGCUCAUCUUUCACCCGGUAGACACCGUGGCCAAGCGGCUGAUGUCCAACAAGCAAGCCGGCCUACAGGUCUCGCAAAUCGUCUUCAAGGACAAAGCAAGCGCGCCCAUCGGCACAAAGUUCAUCUCCCUCUUUCCAGGUCUGGGAUACGCUGCGGGAUAUAAGGUGUUGCAGAGGGUGUACAAGUUUGGCGGACAACCGUUCGUGAACGAUUACCUGGUCAGCAACCACAAGGCUGCCUUCACUAACACCUUUGGUGAGAAGAAUGGCAAGAGCAUCAUGCAGGCCACAGCCGGAAGCAUCAUCGGUGUUGGUGAAGUUGUGCUGUUGCCCUUGGACGUGCUAAAGAUCAAGAGGCAGACGAACCCAGAAGCUUUCCGAUCUCGAGGCUUUUUGCGCAUCGUGGCAGACGAAGGGACAGGCCUGUACCGGGGUGCAGGAACCACUGCCAUGCGGAAUGCGCCCGGUUCCUUUGCCUUGUUUGGUGGGUCUGCAUUUGCUCAUCAAGCACUAGGAUCGACGCCAGGCUCCAAAGAGACUACAUGGACCCAAAACUUUAUCGCCUCCAUCGCUGGAUCAGUCUCUUCCAUCACUGUCGCUGCUCCCCUCGACGUCGUCAAGACGCGCAUUCAGCAGGCCAACUUUGAGAGACCAGUCGGUGGUCUUACGGUCAUCAAGGAUCUGCUGAAGAAUGAGGGUCCUAGCGCGCUCUUCAAAGGUCUCGUGCCCAAGAUUCUCGUUGUAGGACCCAAGCUCAUCUUUUCCUUCACGCUGGCUCAAAGCUUGAUCCCCAUGUACGCCAAGCUCAUCGACUAGGCUCGCACGAAAUGAUCAAUUUUCUCAUACACCCGCAGCUUGACACCUUCGAGCUGGCGCGUCUCCGCUCGGCAUCCACCUCUCUUUUCUAUGUAUCAGCGUACCAUCACCGCUCUCUCUACUAGGCAUCGCAAACACCUUUGCUCAAGGCUUGCGAUGCGUCAUUGGGGUCUACGGAGCUAAAUCUCGAUCGAGAAUCGGUCAUAUUUGUAUUAAAGUGGAGCGAGG